CCCCUCUAGUGGUCACCUUGUGUAAUUGCUUUGCAUACUGUCAUGGCGGCACAGGCUCGCGCUGUGGUUUCAUCCCAAUGGCUAGCAGACGCCAUCAGAAACGGCCUCGUGGGCUCUAAAAUUCGGGUCCUGGACUCGUCAUGGUACCUACCCAUAACCAAAAGAGACCCGAAAGCGGAGUUCGCGGAGAAGCACAUAGCGGGCUCCUCGUUCUUUGAUAUAGACGAGUGUAGCGACCGAGAUUCGCCGUACGACCACAUGUUGCCCACGGGCAGCCACUUUUCACGCUACGUGGGCGACUUGGGAAUCGGAAACGACACUCAUGUAGUGGUGUACGACACCAAUGGCUUCGGUUCGUACAGCGCCCCACGCGUUUGGUGGAUGUUUAGGUUGUUCGGUCAUAACUUAGUGUCGGUGCUGGACGGGGGGAUGAAGAACUGGGAAGCCGAAGGUCGGCCGGUGACGUCGGAAGAGGUGAAGCCGGAGAGAAGGGACUUCCGGGCGACCAUCAAUCCGGCGUGGGUGAAGACUUAUGAGGACGUGUUGGAGAACAUCAGGACCAAGCAGGUGCAGGUAGUGGAUGCCAGGUCUGCCGGCAGGUUUAGGGGGGUCGAACCAGAGCCCAGAGAGGGCACCUUACCAGGCCACUUCCCGGGUGCAGUCAACAUGCCAUUCACAUCCUUUCUGGAUGCAUCUGGAAAAUACCUUGCCAACGACGACUUGUCCACACUGUUCAAGGACGCUGGGGUGAAACUGGAUCAGCCGCUUUGGGCCACUUGCGGUUCUGGCGUCACGGCGUGCCUCGUCGUUCUCGCCGCUCACCUGCUGGGCCACCCAGGGGUGUGCGUUUAUGACGGCUCCUGGGCUGAGUGGUUUAAACGGGCGUCUCCUGAGCAUGUCAUCUCGGAGGGAGAGAAGAAAAAGAAGAUGUGAAGUAAAGAAAACUAUGAAAACAUUUGCACUUUUAAACUGCGUUUAUAGUAACACAGGACCUCAUCUAUGCAGAGAUAAUACUAUACUAUUUCAGGCAGUAUUUCAGAAAUGCUAGCAGUGCACUUAUUUUUAAUAAAUGGAGCAACAUUUUACAAAUUUAAAUGCAUUAUUUUUUCUGCUUUCUUAUAUGAUUCCAUUUGAACUUUGGCAGGCUUGUGUCAUUGUCAUUAUUCAUUAGCAGAAAAGUAAAUAAGCCUUAGUGGGACACUGAAUUGCAACAUCUUGUAAAUGGCACUGUAUAUUGCAGUUUAUGGAAUUAAAGGAAUUUCA